AUGACUGACAGCCACAAUAGUCCCCAUCUAUCCUCUGAAGAAUCUUCUAAAAUAUUAAAUAUGAUAAUCAACAGUUUUCAUCUUGAUAAAUGUAUUAAAGAUUCCAGUCAUACUGUUGAAUUAGCAUCUGGAAAUCCCAAAAUAUUUUAUUGUAAGGUAUGUGAUGAGUGUUAUGGCUUUGAUGAUUCUACUGAUAUUUCAAGUAUUAUUGAAACUUGUAAAUUAUCUCUGUGCUUGGAAAAAUGUGCAAAGUGUGGAAAUAAUGACCCUAACCAUUUGAUGAUGCAAGAGGGUAUAGUAACAUGUGAAGAUUGCAAAGUUGUUGUUUUAGAUUUCAACACUACAGAAAUGAAAAACACUUCCGGUCUUGCUAAUUUAAAGUUGACUGAGUUAGAAGAAGAUUUGAACUUAAAGAAGCUAAAUAAUUGUUUUUCAAUUAGUGCAUCUUCACCACAUGACAAAAACAACAAUUCCAUCAACGAUCCAGAUGAAUGUUACUAUACACCAAUCAACAAUCCGGAUGAAUGUUACUAUACACCAAUCAUUUGUAAACAUUGUGAUAGCCAAGAAGGCUUACCAAUACUAAAUGAUGAUGGUAAGUUGAAAGAGGUUGUCUGUACAGGCUGUCAAAAAUCAGAUUAUUUCAAUUAUUCCAAGUUUAAACAUGACAACAGUAAACAUAGUGAAGAAAGAAAAGAAAAAGACAACAAAAAAAGUUUCCUCACAAAUGGUGAAUCACUUGCAAAUAAACCCAGAAUUUUUUUCUUUUCUUCAUCACACAAAAAUGAAAACUUUCAAAAUAAAAAUGAAGCACAAAACGAGUUCACCUUCAAUGACAAAACUGUCACAAAAGAAGAUGUUAUAAAUUGUGAUGAUGAUCCAGAUAAAAGAAAGAGUCAGGUUUUUACAAAAACCAUCUGCCGUCAAAACAAUAUUGAUUCAAGCAAAAAUAACUGCUCAGCCAACAAUUCCAGCCUUCAGUAUGCCUAUGGAUUAGGCGAAUUGUGUUAUGAUGUAUGUUCAAAAUACAAACAUACUCGUAAAUGUAGUAGUUCUGCUGUCAAAAAAGCCUUCAGAACGUCAAUUGCAGUAGCUACUUCAAGGAUUGUUCUAUCUAUAUGUGACUUCAUCUCUAACAGUUACCCAAUGUUAAAGAAUGUAAUUGAUACAUACAAGGGGCCAUUUGCUGCGUUUGUCCAGAUGCUGACCAAUGAGAUACUUAACAAUAUGAAGGAUAAUUCUUCAGCAACUGAAAGGUUAGACAGCAUAAAAAGACCUUAA